AUGCACUAUUGGCUACUGCUGGGGAAUGGGACAAAAGACUCCGCCCUGCAAGUGGACACAGGGGAGGUGUUAUCUACGAUAAGGGAAGUUGCUGGAAAGGUGUUUGCUGCUCUGAGGGGAGAGUCAAAAGACGUGGGGGAGAGAGCAAAAAGGGGAGAGGAAGAGGAAGGAAAGAAAGCAAAGGAGGGGAGCAUUGCAGGGGUAAAGAGCGGAGGGAAAGAGAUUGGCAGCAGUGGUGGUGCUGUUGGUACCUCUACUGCUGCUGUGACUGUAGCAACUGCAGCGACUGCUGAUGGCAACACCACACCAUCUGACGCCACUGGCACUGCUGCCACUACCCACCCCAUCAGCACAGGCUCCUCUACCCCUACACCUUCUCUCUCCAGCCCCCUUAUUCCUUCCUCCACCCCCAUCCCCACCUCCCUCCCAACUCACACCACCACUCCCUCCGCUCCCCCCUCUCUCACCCCCAUCCCGCCCCUCCCUCCGCCCACCUUCCCCAUCCCCCUCUCCACCUCCCCCUCCGCCCUCCCCGCCACCUUCCCCUCGGGCUGCGCCUGCUACCGCCUCCGCAACGCCUUCUGCUGCACCCAGGCCGUCUGUGUCUGCCGCAACGUCUGCUACAACGGGUCGGCGUUGCUCGGCAGAUACGGACCCGAUAUCUCUGAUACAACCAAUACCACCGACACCACCGACAGCACCAGCAGCACUUCUUUCCCCCCGCGCCCCCCCCACCCCUGCCUCCCCCCGGUACACGCCCCCGCCACAGCCAACAAAUCCGCGCUGCUCUCCCCCACGUCCUGCUCAAACCUGCCUCAGUUCGGCCGCAUGCUGAGAUCGGCGCUUUCAGAGGCGCCGGUGAAAGGAGGGCUGCAGGCAGCAGGGGAUGGGCGGUGGCGGCGGUGGGUUGGGGGGCAGGCGGAGUGGCGCAUGGGGGGGACCCUGUUUGUGCCAUUGACGCACCAGACAACCAACUUCGGCCGCAUGCUGAGAUCGGCGCUGGUGAAAGGCGGGCUGCAGGCAGCAGGGGAUAAGCGGUGGCGGCGGUGGGUUGGGGGGGAGGCGGAGUGGCGCAUGGGCGGGACUCUGUUUGUGCCGCUCACACACCAGACGACGAAUGUGGCACAUUUUCUAGCGCUCUCAGAGGCGCCGGUGAAAGGCGGGCUGCUGGCAGCAGGGGAUGGGCGGUGGCGGCGGUGGGUUGGGGGGGAGGCGGAGUGGCGCAUGGGCGGGGCGCUCUUUGUGCCUCUGACACACCAGACGACAAAUGUGGCGCACUUUCUAGGUGAGAAUGGGUUGCGGGAUGGGGAAACUCAAAGUGCUCCUCCCCCCCACGUCCUGCUCGAACCUGCCUCAGUUCGGCCACAUGCUGAGAUCGGCGCUCUCAGAGGCGCCGGUGAAAGGAGGGCUGCAGGCAGCUGGGGAUGGGCGGUGGCGGCGGUGAGCGUGGGACGGGGAAUGGCUGGAGAGUGGAUGGGGAAUGGAUGGGGAAUGGACGGUGAAUGGCUGGAGAGUGGAUGCGGAAUGGAUGGGGAAUGGACGGUGAAUGGCUGGAGAGUGGAUGGGGAAUGGAUGGGGAAUGGAUGGGGAAUGGAUGGGGAAUGGAUGGGGAAUGGAUGGGGAAUGGACGGUGAAUGGCUGGAGAGUGGAUGGGGAAUGGAUGGGGAAUGGAUGGGGAACAAGGGAAGAUUGCAAGGGGGCGCAUAUCCUGCUUUUAAUCUGUGUGAUGUCCAAGACAGAAUGAAGGAGCUCGGGCCACAUGGCUGGCUGCCGUCAAUGCUGCACCUCCUCCUCCGCAUGGCGCUCGAGCCGCUCCUCCCCGCCUCCCUCCUCGCAUCCAUCUCGCCUUCCUCGCUCCUCUCCGCCGGCCCUCUGGCUGGUGGGCGGGUGGAGUUUGAGGGGCAGUUGAAUGCAGCUAGUGAUGAGCGGCCCAUGUGCUUCCAGACUCUUGUUGUGCCUGACUUUCUUAAGGUACGCCUGUCUUCCCUCAUCAAGGCUGGUGGGCGGGCGGAGUUUGAGGGGCAGUUGAAUGCAGCUAGCGAUGAGCGGCCCAUGUGCUUCCAGACUCUUGUUGUGCCUGGCUUUCUUAAGGUACGCCUGUCUUCCCUCAUCAAGGCUGGUGGGCGGGCGGAGUUUGAGGGGCAGUUGAAUGCAGCUAGCGAUGAGCGGCCCAUGUGCUUCCAGACUCUUGUUGUGCCUGGCUUUCUUAAGGUACGCCUGUCUUCCCUCAUCAAGGUGUGUUUUAAAGGCUGGUGGGCGGGCGGAGUUUGA